CAGUGAGAGCGUCGGUGUGUGUAAAAUGGCGGACGGUGACAUUGAUCUCUACGCCGACGAUCUUGAGCAAGAUUUUGCACAGGAUGAAUUCGCUGGAGACGGUGUCGAUUUGUACGACGACGUGAUAGCGGCACCUCCCGGGGGAAAUGGUGGCGUAUCUAAUAGCGACAGAGAUAGAAGCAGAGACAGAGAUAAUUCAUCUCCAGGUGAAGAGACCAAUGGCAAUUCUUCCUACCACCAUGGAAGUAACUCAUCCGGCGGAGGUGGAAGACGACAUCAACUUUAUGUUGGAAACUUGACUUGGUGGACGAGCGAUCAUGAUAUUGCGGAUGCAAUUAAAGACGUUGGCGUUACUGAUUUCAUUGAGGUCAAGUUCUUCGAGAAUAGAGCCAAUGGACAGUCGAAAGGCUUCUGUGUUAUUUCUCUAGGCUCGGAACAGAGCGUCAGAUUUUGUAUGGACAGACUACCAAAGAAAGAGCUGCAUGGACAGAGUCCAGUAGUUACAUUCCCCACGAAACAAGCCUUGAAUCAGUUUGAGUCGCAAUGCAAGACUCGACCAGCGCCUGCGCCUCAGCAAAACCAAAAUCAACGGCCGCAUAAUCAACAUCAGCAUCAACCUCAGAUGCCUCCGCAUCAACAGCAUCCGCAGCAUCAGCAACAUCCACAGCAAAACCAUGGUGGACCCAGAGGAAUGAUGAUGGGUCCUCCCCAGGGAGGACCGCGACAAGGUCAAAGAAUGCCGCCUCCAGGAAUGGGACCGCAAGGUCCUGGUCCUCAGGGACCUCAAGGACCUCCAAGAAUGCACGGACCUCCGAUGGGACCAGGGCCAGGUUCUCAUCAUCCGCUUCCUGGCCAUCCAAAUCAAGGUCCACCGCCUCCAGGUUAUCAGCAGGGACCGUGGAAUGGACCCAGGCCUAAUGGACCUCCUGGACCUCCUCGAGGACCAAAUGGACCUGGAGGUCCGCCGCAGCAAGGAAUGCCUGGACCUGGACAGCGUCCACCACCAGGAAUGCAAUUCCAUGGAGGACCUCCUGGACCGCCAGGUCAGGGACCACCUCGGGUACCACCUGGACAUCCUGGACCACCUCCAGGCGAUCCGAGAGGAGCCCCGCCUAGAGGACCCGAUUGGAAUAGGCCACCGGGAAUGCAUCCUGGGCCUCAGGGACCACCAGGUUUCCCUCAACAUCAACAUAUGCAAGGCCCGCAACCUGGCCAAGGCCCACCACAAAGAGGACCUCCGCCAGGUUCCAUGGGUGGAAUGAUGCCAGGGCCGGGAGGAAUGCCACCAGGGCAUGGUUUACCGCCACAAGGACCUCCUCAAGGACCACCAGGUGGUCCAGCGCCGCAUGUGAAUCCGGCCUUUUUCCAGCAGGGUCCUCCGCAUCAGCAAGGACCUCCUGGACCAAUUCAUGGGCCACCUCAUGGACCUGCACAUGGCCCACCUCAUGGUCCUCCUCAUCCACAGGUUCACGGACCUCCUCAUGGACCACCACACAGUUAUGGCCCUCCUGCAGCACAGGCACCAUACGGUGCACCAGCUCCUGAUCAUCGGGCAGAUGUUGCUCCGUCAUUAAGUGAACAAGAAUUUGAAGAAAUAAUGGGACGUAAUCGAACAGUUUCUUCGUCGGCAAUCGCGAGAGCAGUUUCGGAUGCAGCAGCGGGCGAGUAUGCGAGUGCAAUUGAAACUUUAGUCACUGCAAUUUCGUUGAUAAAACAGUCCAAGGUGGCCGGAGAUGAUCGUUGCAAAAUACUCAUCAGUUCUCUUCAGGAUACUUUGCGUGGCGUAGAAACGAAGAGUUAUGGUUCGGCGAGAAGAGAUCGAUCGAGAUCCCGGGAUCGUGAACGAAGUCACAGAAGACGUCGUGAGCGGUCGAGGAGUCGCGAUCGAGAAUACAGAGAACGUAGUCGUGAAAGGGACAGGGAUCGUGAUCGGGACCGUGAUCGUGAUCGUGAUCGUGAACGUGAUCGAGAUCGUGAUAGGGAACGGUAUUACGCUGAAACAUAUCCUAGAGAAAGAUCACGCAGCAGAGACAGAGAUCGCGAACGUGAUAGGGAUCGUGAAUACAGAGAAAGAAGCAGAGAGGAGAGCGGUGCCGUUGUAAACGGUCAAAAGGAAGAUACUUAUAAUCUAGGGGAGACUCGGGCAAAACCAGCCGCCCGGCCAAAGGGAAUCACUAGUACAACACAUCAAUCAGCGAGGCCGAGAGUAAAGGAAGAACCACCGGAGACAGCACCCGUCUCAUCUUCCAAGACGUCUAGGUAUUAUGACGACCGCUACAGAGAACGUGAUCGAGAGCGUGAGCGAGAGCGAGAAGCGACUCGAAGAGCACCGGCUGAGCGAGAAAGAGAACCUGAACGUGAACGUGAACGAGAGCGAGAACGCGAUCGUCGCGACGAAAGAGCCGAUUCAUCGCAUCGUUCCAGACACUGAUGUUAAUGGUGUGUGAUUAUUUGACUCCACCAGUUCCAAGUUGAACACGUAAAAUGCAAAAUGGAAAAACUCUUCCCACUUUGUUGUUGUCUAUCUUCUCUGGGGUGCAAAAACAAACAAACAAACAAAUGCCGAGGAUUUCUGAUUGUACAAGAAUAAUUCUCUGAGCUAGAUUCUAAUUUUUCUCAGUGGCUUUUUAGAGAAUGCAGUGAGGAGUCGAUCGGUCGGUCGACGAAAGAAAAAACUUUAAACGCAGCGCAUGAUCUUCAAUUCUUUCGUGAUUCAGUGUUUUUUUUUUCCUGUUGUCACCGUCGUCAUCGUCGUCGUCACUUGUGUGACGACACACACACUCACACACUCACAUAUAUUACACUUGAGUAAUUCACACGUAUACAUAUACUAAUUAUGUAAACGGCAAUGUAGUUAAGGGAUUAUCUAUGUUUUUAGUUUUUGAGAGGAAACUUUCAAAGUAGAGAAAAAACUUAUUCGUAAUUCGAGUCGUUUUAACCGAAAAAAAAGAGAGAAAGAGAGAGUGUGCCUGUCUGUCUGUAUGUCAGGCUGUCCGCCUGUCUGCCUGCCUGUGGCGAAGAAUUUUUCCAGACAACUAAAACUAACAGCUGAGGAUUUCAAGAAUGAAGACAAGACGCCUCUCAGAUUCAACAAUCUUCUAUCUUCACGACAUUGCAAGAUUGUAUCUUACUAUAAUACAUAUAUUCGCUUUAAAAAUAUAUAUGCCAAACGUG